AUGCGCAAUCUACGCAACCUCUGGUUUGGCCGCUGGCGGCACCAAGAUAUCACAUCUGUCUGCUGGGACUCGGAGAAGGACGGCAUACUGUGCACCGUUGGUCCCACGUCGCAGAGCUCCAGAAUUGAGCUUGUCCGUGUCUCUGAAGGUCAUGACAUCUCGCAUGUUACGGUGGCCAACUGGGAUGCACCCAGUCCCAGCCCCGACCUGAUGGUCGACAAGGUUGUGAAUCUGCAGUACCUGAGCGGCACAGGCACCGCAUGCCUUGUCCUCGAGGGCGGCGACAUCGUCACGGUGCAGGAGGACAUCGGUGGUGGCGGCGCCCAGAUCGAAAUAAUGGGAUCCAUCGACGACGGAAUUGCCGCGGCUGCCUGGUCUCCGGACCAAGAGCUCCUCGUAAUCGUGACCAAGGCCAACUCGGUCCUCUUCAUGGGCAGCACCUUUGACCCGGUAGCUGAGGUGAGCAUGACGGUCGACGACCUGCGAGCGUCCAAGCAUGUCUCGGUCGGCUGGGGAAAGAAGGAGACGCAGUUCCAGGGCCGCGGCGCAAAGGCCAUGCGUGACCCCACCAUCCCCGAGAGAGUCGACUCUGGUCUACCCAGCAGCUAUGAAGACGGAAAGGUGACGGUCAGCUGGCGCGGCGACGGAGCCUUUGUCGCCAUCAACGCCGUCCAGGAGGGUGAGCGUAGGGUCAUCCGCGUCUACUCCCGCGAGGGCGAGCUUGACGGUGCUAGCGAGCCCGUCGAUGGGAUGGAGAGCACACUGAGCUGGAGACCCGCGGGCAACCUCCUUGCGUCGGUACAGCGUAUCGGGACGGAGCGUGUCGACGUCGUCUUCUUUGAGCGCAACGGCCUGCGCCAUGGACAAUUUACCCUACGCUCUCCCGAGUCGUCCACUCCUGUCCCGGAGCAGAAGCGCAUAUGCCUCGAGUGGAACACUGACUCCACCGUGCUGGCCGUGGUGCUCGACAACCUCGUUCAGCUGUGGACAAUGGGCAACUACCACUGGUACCUGAAACAGGAGAUUCCCAUGGACCCCGACUUUGUGUCGCUGUCGUGGCACCCGGAGAAGGCGCUGCGCUUCGUCGCCGCCUCGUCCGACACUGUCAUCUCCGCCGAGAAUGUCUUCUACACGGCCAGGGGGUCGACCCGCAUGCCCCACGAUAACGGCGCCGUUGCCGUCAUCGACGGUGAUGUGGUCAAGCUGACACCUUACAGGGGUGCCAAUGUGCCGCCGCCCAUGGCCUUGUUCGACCUCGCGCUCGAGUCAGCGGCCGUGGACGUUGCAUUCGGUCGGCGCAACCAGACCAUUGCUGUCCUGCACCAUAAGGGUGUUGACAUCUUCGACUGGGUCCGCAACCCAACCGAUGGCCGUUUCCUCAAGCCAGAGCUCAAAGCCAAGGUCCCCUUUGAGACGUACAAUAUCCCAGAGUACCACGUUGCCCUGCGCCUGUGCUGCAGUUCCAUUGGCGAGUUCCACUGUAUGAACUACCAGGACGGCCUGGGGUAUCUGCAACUGGGUGUCAGUCUCGGAGAGGAUCGAGUCCAGAGGAUGACACUCCUUGACGACCACCAUACUCUCGUUGCCACGGCCACGUACGAGGACGACAAUAAGGAUGCGGUAGAGGGUUACGCGCAGGAUCGCAGUGGCAAGCUGUAUCGCCUGUCUCAUAACGGGAAUCAGCUGCUGCAUAUGCAAUUCCGCAUCCUCCUCCCGCUGUUCGAGAUAGCCAAGGUCGACGGGGAAUUGGUGGCCUUUGGUCUGUCGCGCAAUGGUCAUCUGUAUGCCAACUCGAAGCUGCUGGCCAAGAACUGCACUUCUUUCAUCCUGACGCCGAGCCAUCUUAUCUUUACUACCAACAACCACCUUAUUAAGUUUGUUCAUCUGAAUUCAGACGCGGAGGGACUCGAAGUCCCAGAGGAUGAUCCAGAAAUCGACGAGCGCUGCCGUAGCGUCGAGCGCGGUUCCCGCAUCGUCACCGCCAUCCCCACAAACAUGAGCGUCAUCCUACAGAUGCCCAGAGGAAACCUGGAGACCAUCUUCCCACGUGCAAUGGUCGUCGCGGGUAUCCGCAGUCUCAUCGAGGAGAAGAACUACGGCCGCGCUUUCUCGUACUGCCGCACCCAACGUGUUGAUAUGAACAUUCUCUAUGACCACAAACCCCAGCAGUUUCUGGAGAAUGUUGGUCUAUUCCUGGACCAGCUCAAAGAGAUCUCCAACAUUGACCUGUUCCUCUCCGGACUUCGAGAGGAGGAUGUGACGCAGACGAUGUACAAGGACACGAAGCGCUCAAAGAAGGAGGUGGCCGCCACCGCCGCCCUUCCCAGCGGACCCGAGUUCAGUCUGACGGAUACCGCCAAGCCGACGUUGUCCAAGGUCAACACCGUCUGCGACUCCCUCCUCAAGGCCCUCCAACCCCGCAAGGCCAGGCACCUGCAGAACAUAAUCACAGCCCACGUGUGCAAGGACCCGCCAGCACUCGAGGACGGUCUCAGCCUCGUGGCAGAGCUGCGUAGGGAAGAUGAAAAGCUUGCCGAAAAUGCUGUGGAACACAUCUGCUUCCUCGUGGAUGUGAAUCGGCUGUACGAUCAUGCACUGGGCCUGUACAAUCUCGACCUCGCACUGCUGGUGGCGCAGCAGUCGCAGCGUGACCCCCGCGAGUACCUCCCCUUCAUGCAGAAGCUGCACGAGCUGCCUGAAUUGCGGCGGAAGUUUGAGAUUGACGACCACCUGGGCCGCCAGAAAAAGGCGCUACUGCACUUGCAGUCCCUCGACGCCUUUGACGAGCUGUGCGCCUACGCCUCCAAGCACCUCCUGUAUGGCGACGCCCUGAGACUGUACCGGUACGACCAGGCGCGGCACAACACCAUCAUGGGCCUCUACGCCGCCUACCUCGAGUCGAAGUCUGCGUACCGCGAGGCCGGUCUGGCGUACGAAUCGUUGCACAACUUCACUAAGGCGAUGAGCUGCUACCGCGCUACGGGCGCCACGUGUUGGCAGGAGUGCCUGUUUGCCGCACAGCAGCAAAUCCCUCCGCCCUCGGCAGACGCCAUGAACGAGCUCUCGACCACGCUGGCCGAGGCUCUCUGGGAAGCAAAGGACUACGCCGCCGCGGCGACAAUCCACCUCGACCACCUCGACUCUCUGGAGGCAGCAGUACGCUGCCUGUGCAAGGGAUACCACUUUGCCGAGGCGAUGCGGCUGGUCGUACAGCGGAACCGCGCCGACCUCCUCGUCUCAGCAGUGGACGUUGGCCUUGCCGAGGCUCUGGGCAGUACAACCGAGUUCCUGGCCGACUGCCGCUCUCAGCUUGGCGCCCAGGUCCCCCGCGUGGCCGAGCUCCGCCGCAAGGCGGCCGAGGACCCCCUAUCCUUCUUCGAGGGCGAGCGCGCUGGGGGCGGCGACGUCCCCGACGACGUAUCCGUCGCCGCGAGCUCCCGUCUCGGCGCAGGCACGUCGGCCAGUCUAUUCACGCGGUACACCGGCAAAGGAUCGGGCGUCAGCGCCGGCACGCUAGGGACCGGCGUCAGCCGCGCAACCAGCAAGAACCGCCGUCGCGAGGAGAAGAAGCGCGCACGCGGCCGCAAGGGCACUGUCUACGAGGAGGAGUACCUCGUCAACAGUCUGCGGCGACUGGUCGACCGCGUCACGGGUGCGAAGCCAGAGGUCGAAAGGCUUGUGUUUGCCCUCGCGAGAAGGGGGAUGCCCGAGCGUGCGAGGUCGGCGGAGGCGCUCAUGGCUGAUGUCGUGGCUGCGUGUGAGCGUGCCGUCCAGGCCGUCUUCCCGCAGGCGCAGGCACAGGCACAGGCUCCCAACGGCAGCGAAUCGCCGCAAAACGAUGCAGCUUGGGCACCCGCUACAGGUGGCGGGGAAGCCGUGUUCCACGAGUUCGUGCGGUCGCAGGGCCUCGACGUUGCGCCCCCUGUUGUUGCCAAGUUUGAGAAGCUGUCGUUGCUCGGGGCGUGA